AUGUAUCAAGACAGAAAUUAUGGUAGAAAUUGGAUACCAACAGUAAAUAAUGCAAGACGUAUUGAUCCAUAUAGUCGAAUAUAUAUUAUAUUAGGUAGUUUCGUUGUAGUUGGUUUCAUUUUGAUUGUUAUUGUUGUUCUAUCACUAAUUCCACUUUAUAUAUCUCGUAAUUUUUCAAGAAUUAAUAAUAAUAAUAAUAUUCAAGUGUCAAAAAUUUCUAUAAAUGCUUAUAAUCUUCAAAUUCAAUCUCUAUUUGAUAAUUUUAAUCCUCAGACAAUUCUUUCACAAAACAAUAAUCGACAAAGAUUACAAGCAGCACUUACAACAAUGAUACAACAAGAUUCAAUAUUAAGUGGUUCAAUUAUUGAAAUAAAUACUUCAUCAGAAAAAUCUAAUCGUCAACGUCAACAAACAUCUAAUUUAUUUAAUAUAACAUUUGAUUUAAAUAUAAUUAGUAAUAAAUCUUGUUUAUCAAUAUCAUGUUUAAAUGAAUUUCAAUCUCAUGUUAUUAAUUUAUUAUCAAAUUCAAAUAAGAAAACAUCUCGAAUUCGUUAUGAACAAUUGAAUUCAACACAAAUCUAUUGGUUAUAUUAUUAUCGAUUAUCACAAACAAUACAAUCGAAUGCAUCAUUUGUAUAUGUUAAUCUUAAAACAAUAUCAUCUUUAUUAGAUACAUUAAUCUUAAUAGAUAGAACUCAAAAUCAAUUAUCAAUUGAAAAUUCAACAACAAAUUUAUUUAGUUAA